UCCGGAAAUACUCCUUUUGAUGUGGCUGAGAAGAUACAGAUGCCCGAGUCAGUGUUUACAUCGUAACAAAACGUUGCUAUUGAAUAAGAAGCCUCUUGCCAAGAAAACAUGUCUGAUACGGAAACAAAACCCUCAAGCCAAGAUGGUGGGGAGAAGAAGGAUGGAGAAUAUAUUAAAUUAAAAGUUAUUGGCCAGGAUAACAGUGAAAUUCACUUCAAAGUGAAAAUGACAACACAUCUAAAGAAACUGAAGGAGUCAUACAGUCAAAGACAGGGUGUUCCUAUGAAUUCUCUUAGGUUUCUGUUUGAGGGACAGAGAAUUGCAGACAACCAAACACCCAAAGAGCUCGGGAUGGAGGAUGAAGAUGUCAUCGAGGUAUACCAGGAACAGACAGGAGGGCUCUGGAAUGAUUAGACUUAGCUGCAUUUUUUUCUUGUUUUGUAUUUUGAUUUUAUAUGUAUUUAGAUUUUUCUUUUCUUAUUUCAAACCAUCUGGAUCAAAUCAACACUUUUUUAAGGUAUCCAUUUGCAGAGGCAGUGUCUCUGUUACCAGCUUAUGCAGGUAGCAGAGACACAUAUUAGAUGUACUUGCUGUAGCCUUUUUCACUUUUGAGAGUCCAUAUGGAGUGUGCAGUGACAGCUGCAUUCGACCUCGUUUGAUAUAGCGGACACGUUCAAGAUCGAGCUCUGAAUGCUACAGAGUGUGUGCUUUUUCAGUAGUAGCCUUUGUUCCUUUUUCCCCCAUGUUGACCCAAGUUCAUGUUGCUUAUUAGGUUUACUGGGAUACUGCUGUGGAGGUUUUUCCAUGUACAUCAAUGACGAUGCAGAUAUCUGUUAUACAUUAGCAGAUCAACAAUAUGGAAAAUUCAGCGAUAAGUAAUAAGACUACACCAUUCUGGUGUGUCCUUCGGAAUUUGAAGAAUGCCUCUGCUGUUUCUGUGUCAGUUCGAUUAAUUCACACUUCACAGAGCUUCCCAUUGACACCAAACACACUUGUGAGAACAUCUUGAAAUUCCCCAUUUUACUGCCGUUGCUAAAUUAUAUUUAAGAUUCUAAAUGGUAAAGGAGAUUGUGUUUAACUUGUAUAUUUUGUAUUCAGUAUUUGUGUGUAAUCCAUUAUGUAUACUUGGUAAUUUCCUUUAUUUAUAGUGGUACUAUGUACUGUGCGUGUACAUUGUUCUACACCGCUCAGUCCAUUUCAAAGGGUAAAGAUCAUCUGAGAUAAACAUCCGGUUUCAUGUUAUCCUGCAUUUUUGAAUCAGCUGUUUGAUUGUAGUGUUCCUGAGCCAGAGUCAUAUUGCUUAUAUAUGAUCUUGGUCACUGCUCUCGCCAAUCUCGUAAUACUUAAACAAAUGUAGCCCUACAAUGAUGUCACUGCAACAGAUUCAUUAUCUUAGAAGAACGUUGAUGCAGAUGGUUUGAAAUUAUGGGAUGAUCACUUUUUUGUUUUGUUUUUUAAAUAAAAUGUGAAAAAAAUCUAG